CUUUGUAUUUCUUUCUUGGACUUCAAAUCUUGGACCUUUAAGCAUGUCUCACGAGCACUUGCAAGCGGAUUGUAUCUUUUGUAAAAUUAUUCGUGGUGAGAUUCCUUCAUUCAAAAUCACCGAAACUGACAAAAGUUAUGCCUUUCUUGAUAUCAACCCUUUGAGUGAAGGUCACGCUCUUAUUAUUCCUAAAUACCAUGCAGAGUAUUUCCAUCAAGUACCUGAUGAUGUUCUCGCUGAUAUGCUUCCUCUUGCCAAGAAGGUUGCUCUCGCAAUCGGUUUAGAAGGCAAUCAGUAUAAUUUACUACAAAAUAAUGGACGUAUGGCACAUCAGGAGGUUUUCCAUGUCCAUUUCCAUAUUAUCCCUAAGCCUGAUACCGAAAAGGGUCUCAAGAUAGGAUGGCCUCAGAUGAAGGUAUCUAAGGAAGACCUUGAAAAGACUUACAACCGCAUCAAAAUUGAUUAAAAAUUGACAGCUGAUUUCAUAUGGGCAUACUGAAUAAA